GCGCAGGGAGCGAGCGAGCGAGAGCGAGCGGGCGGGCGGCAGCUCGAGGGACGUGCGCGGAAUCGGCGGAGCGAGCGGGAAGACGCAGCCACCUUCCUGGUCAGCCAGCCCCCCCAGCGGUUUGUUCCCUCUCUCGGGAGUGCGCCAAUGCCCGGGCCGACCCAAACCCUGUCCCCAAAUGGCGAGAACAACAACGACAUCAUCCAGGAUAACGGGACCAUCAUUCCUUUCCGGAAGCACACCGUGCGCGGGGAGCGUUCCUACAGUUGGGGAAUGGCGGUCAAUGUGUAUUCUACCUCGAUAACCCAAGAAACUAUGAGCAGACAUGACAUCAUUGCAUGGGUCAAUGACAUAGUAUCUCUAAACUACACAAAAGUGGAACAACUUUGUUCAGGAGCAGCCUAUUGCCAGUUCAUGGACAUGCUCUUUCCAGGCUGCAUUAGUUUGAAGAAAGUAAAAUUUCAAGCAAAAUUGGAGCAUGAGUAUAUUCAUAAUUUCAAACUUCUGCAAGCAUCAUUUAAGCGAAUGAACGUUGAUAAGGUGAUUCCAGUGGAGAAGCUAGUGAAAGGUCGUUUCCAGGACAACCUGGAUUUCAUUCAGUGGUUUAAGAAAUUCUACGACGCUAACUACGAUGGGAAGGAGUAUGACCCUGUGGAGGCUCGGCAAGGGCAAGAUGCAAUUCCUCCCCCUGACCCUGGCGAGCAGAUUUUCAACCUUCCCAAGAAGUCUCACCAUGCAAACUCCCCCACAGCAGGUGCAGCUAAAUCAAGUCCAGCAUCUAAACCGGGAUCCACACCUUCUCGUCCCUCUUCUGCCAAAAGGGCUUCAUCCAGUGGCUCAGCAUCCAGGUCUGACAAAGAUUUAGAAACACAGGUCCUACAGCUUAAUGAGCAGGUACAUUCAUUAAAACUUGCCCUUGAAGGUGUGGAAAAGGAAAGAGAUUUCUACUUUGGGAAGUUGAGAGAGAUUGAGCUGCUCUGCCAAGAACAUGGGCAGGAAAAUGAUGACCUUGUGCAGCGACUAAUGGAAGUGCUCUAUGCUUCAGAUGAACAGGAGGGCCACACAGAAGAGGCAGAAGCAGAGGAGCAAGCCCAUGACCAGCAGCCCCAGCAGCAAGAAGAGUACUGAACUGUCUCUGCAGCUCUUGACACUUCCAUUGUGCAUGGGAACUUUCUUCUGGAGAAUUGGAACAUGUGUGGCCUCAAGCUCAGCAAAACACCAACUGUUCCCAAUCUGCUGUUACCAUCAACGCACCAUCGCAUACGCCAGCCACUGCUCUUGGUUCCCACCUCCUUUGCCAAGAUGCAUUUGUAGGUGGCCAUUUGAGUCACCUACCUGAGAAAGUGUAGUGUUAUAUACCUUCAGCGUCACCACUUGGCUGCUUGAGAUUGGUUCUGCUCUCUCCCUUCCCCAACCCUCCCCCGCCCCACACCUGUUUCUUUCCAGAACAACUCUUCCCUACCCCAACACCACUACCACUUCCACCCCUUUUUAUCUUGGUGUGAAACAAUGGUAAUUUGGUAUAUGGUAUUUAUAUUGGCAUUUCUUAACCCAGUGUCACUAGAUGUCACAUGCAUUUGUGGUGCUUUGAUGUUUGCAAGUUUUAACCUCUGAUCAUCAAUUUGGUCAAGUAAUGAAUUGGAACAAAGGGAAACAGAUACUUGAUAUGAAAGCCAUAACGAUAGUGACUUGUGUCAUGGGGGGAAAAACAAGUCAGUUUCUCCCUCUCUUCACAACAGGAAAGGGAAAGAAAUGGAUUCAACAGUAGGACUUCAGGGCCCAGCAGUAUUUCAUAGAGCAGCAUGUUAAACAACCACACAGUAUGUUGUUAGUUUCAAAAGACAUUCACUCGAGGAAAAACACCAUCUCAGCUUUGCCCUUUCUCCUCAUGCCCCUGCUCUCCCACCCCUGUUCCCAGGUUCUCAUGGUGUUUUCUUUCUCAGGGUCCUCUUUGGUGGGCAUCCGUGAACUCCAAGAUGUUGUUAUCAGCUAUCUGCAAUCCAAAGGGGGUCUUGAUAGGUGCAGGCCCUCCUGCCUCAUCCCUUGUCCUUGUGUGGUUUCCGCCCCCUCCCCGGCCUGCCAUGUUCACUGGGGAAUUCCUACUAAAGGGUAAUGUGGGCCUGCAGCCUGAGCUGCAGGGCCCUGCGCGGUGUUACCCUCUGGUUGGAGGCUAGCAGUGAGGAUUCAUGGGAGCAAAAUUCCCAGAGAAUUUUGCAGUCUGGUAUUGACUGGGAGAACAGCAAUGGAACACCUUUGCCUCCUGGGAUCUUCUAGAUAAAGAGGAGUCUCCCCUCUUCCAACAUAAGGGCCUACCUAGUCACUGACAUUUGCUCAGCCAUGGAAAUUGAUAAUAGAGGAAACAUCUAUUGAUGAGUUUAAAGCAUUCCUUAUAACUAAUAGUUGCACAUUUUUCUUAGUCUUUUUCCAAAUCUCUGCCUUUCUCUCCCCGCCUUUUGACAGAUGGUAUUUCUUCCCAGAUCAUGCAUUUUGCUUGGUUUCCAACAUUAAGUUUACUUCCCCCUUCGUAUUCGACUUAGCAGGUGCAACAAAAACAGAAACAAAUGUGCCCACCCCACUUUCCACCUAAGUGAAAAAGCAUAAAAUAAAUUUAUGAAAUAUGCAUCAUAAAA